AAAAAAAAACUUGAUCUUUUCUUUAGCUUCCUUUGUGCCCAUUAAACAUUGAAAAUGGCAGAUUAUGAAUGAUCAUUUCCCCUCGAAAGGAAACACUCAUCAUUGCUCCCAACAAUUCUUUUAGAAACCUGAGCUUCUAAGAGACAUUCAUUCCCUUGUUGAACAAUAUAAAUAUAUAUAUCUUGUAUAAUUUAAUAAAACUACUUCCAUCCUUGUUAUGAAUAUGAAUAUGAAUAUGAUGGAUUCUUCAAACUCUGUGAAUGGAUUUUACAGUUUUUUAACAAGAGGAAUUGAUGAUCUUGAAAGAGUUUUUCUCUCUAAUAAUUUCAUGUCUAUUCAAUUCCUUCAAAGUGUACUUUCCCUUUUGAGAUCUUUCCACACACAGUUAACACUUCUUGUCCAAAAACUUCAUUUACCUGUUGGUGAAAAAUGGCUUGAUGAAUAUAUGGAUGAAAGUUCUAAGCUUUGGGAAGUUUGUCAUGUUCUCAAGAAUGGCAUUUCAGGAAUGGAAAAUUACUAUUCUGCUGGUUUUAAUGUCACUUCUUCUCUUGAUACCCAUCCCCAUCUCACCACACAAUUAUCUAGACAGGUGAUAAGAGCAAUAACAGGAUGUAAAAGAGAAGCAGUGGGAUUAGAGGAAGAGAAUAAAGCAUUAAUGGAAACAAGAAUAGAGCCACUAUCAUUAAGGUUUGAUGAGGUAGUUUCAGUGGAAUCAAAGCUAAAUGGAUUCAAUGGAUUCAGAGGAGUUUUAUAUGCAAUGAGGAAUGUAAGUUCAGUUUUAUUAAUGAUGUUGCUUUAUGGAUUAGUCUAUUGUUGGCCACAAUCUGAAUUUUUAAGAGGAGGAAAAAGUUCAGAGUGUUUGUUCUUUGGAUCAAAUUUCAUGAUCUCAAUUUCAAGAUUGCAACAGAGAGUGGCUAAUGAAAUGAUGUCAUCAUCAAUGGGGGUUUUGUUAUAUGAAUUUAGAAGAUCAAAAUCAGGUUUGGAUGAAUUAAGAGAUGAAUUGGAGAAAAGACAGAGUAAUAGUAGUAAUGUUGUGGAAUGGGAAUCAGAAAUUGAGAUAAAGGAAAGAGUUGAUAAUUUGAAAGCCUGUUUUGGUGUAUUGAGAUCUGGUACUGAUAAUAUUAUUGGACAAUUGGAUGAUUUUUUUGAUGAAAUUGUUCAAGCAAGGAAGAUGCUUUUGGAUUUCUGCAGCCAUAGGUAGAAAAAAAAAAA